AUGGGAAGCCCAAUAUCGGUCUACUUUUCCCUAAACUACUUGGUAAUACUACUGUACUAUUACCUUAGCAGUAGUGGUAACCUAGUACUCUCAGGCGACGCCAUCGAAUCGCCAAAUUACACAGUGGUGCACUCAGAACCAGAUCUCGAGAUAAGACUCUACGUUGAAUCCUCAUGGAUGUCUGCCCUUGCCCAAGGACCAACCUCUUUCGAGAAGUCCACCAAAUAUGGCUUUCACAGAUUGUAUCAGUACAUUCAUGGUGGUAACCUCAACCAUUCUAAGAUCCCGAUGACCGCCCCUGUAUUAACAAGCAUCAACUCAUCGUCGUCCCCCGGGGCUGACUAUUUUGUAAGGUUAUUUCCCGAAGAUAAGACUCACAUCAGCACUGGCAUUGCUGGCACACUGGGUUACAUGGCUCCAGAGUAUGUUGUUCGUGGCAAGUUGACCGAGAAAGCAGACGUUUACAGUUUUGGAGUUCUUGUAAUUGAAGUUGUAUGUGGAAAGAGAAACAAUGCCUUCUCCCAAGAUUCACAUUCCAUCCUACAAAGGGUCUGGAGCCUUCAUGGAACGGGUAGGCUAUGUGAAGCUGUUGAUCCUGUCUUAGAGGGUAAGUUUCAAGAAGAGGAGGCAUCUCGCUUACUUCAAAUAGGGCUACUAUGUGUACAAGCCUCUGCAGAGCUGCGACCAUCAAUGUCAUUAGUUGUGAAAAUGAUAACUGAUAAUCAUGAAAUUGCUCAGCCAACACAGCCACCAUUUCUCAAUUCUAGCAGUGCAGAAGUCAGCCAAAAUAUACCACCUCCAACUUACUAUUCUCAGCCUGAGUCCUACAACAACUCUUCAGGGAACGACAUUACGAAUAGCGGGAUUGAGCCGAGAUGAACACUUUCUUCUUAACCCCUUGUACAUUAUUCCCUUACCUUUAACUCUGCCUUGCCAUACAUUCCACCAGGCGCCGCUGUUGCCAGCUUGAAGUCCUCUGAUAUGCAAUUUUCUAUCCAGUUUGUUAGUAGCACAUUGGAAUUUUUUGCUCAAACGAUCGGCGAGAGUGACGACGGAGAGCUGUUUGUCAUUGUCCCGGGAAGUCGGGAACCCUUGUGAUUAUAUUAGGACUGCAAAUUAAGUGAUCUGUUACUCCGGCCUGCACCAUCUGCUAAAAAUACUGAGUUCGAAUUAGGUUGCUGUCUAGUUUGACAAUGUUUUAACAGCGUGGAUAGAGCCGAAUGCCUUCUGUAUUCUUUUACAAUGGAUAAUCUACAUGUAAAGCUUAUAGUUACAAGAAUUUGUAAAAGAAAGUCUCAUUGUCAAAAUUUACAAGUAUGGUAAAUCUGAGAAGUGAAGUGAGAAGGGGUUGCAUAAUUUGACUCA